CAUUCCUUAGUUGAAUAUUGUCUCGGCAUCAUAAUAGUUUUAAAAUUUCAAAAUUUUUUAACCUUUUUCAUUCGAAACAGAAAAUCAAUUGCUAGGAAAUGUCUCGAAAUUUUGCAGGACCAGGACCAGGCGCAUACAUGCUGCCCAGCCAGUUUGGACCAGGGGCUGGCCGCGGACCCCAAUACUCUUUCGGCCGUCGCACGGAUUACAAGAAGAACGACGAAGCUGGCCCUGGACCUGGACCUGCCGCCUACAAAGUUGACAAAGUCACACGUUACGGCAGAUCCAAUGGACAGCAGUUUUCCAUGUUGAAGUGGAGUCCCAUAAAGCCCACUAAAAUAAGAUACGAUUGAGGUCGAAGGAGACUUCAAAUCAAGCUAAACAAUUAAAGUUAAACAACCUGUCAACCAUUAUCAGGCUCAUCUGGCAAUUUACCUCAUAAUUAAUGGCAUGGCAACUGUGAUUAGUAA